UGCCACUCAAAUUUUCAAAAAGCAAAACAAUGGUGGUGAAAAUCAAAGGCUGCUAUGUACUGAAACCCUCUACACCAACGUUGCAAGGUACCCUAGCUCUCUCAGAAUGGGACCAAGUUGGCACCAUAACUCAUGUUCCCACUAUCUACUUCUACAAACCAGACCAAACCUUUGCCGCACAACCUGACACUAUAGCCAACAUCCUCAAAGACUCAUUAAGCCGUGCACUGGUGCCAUUCUAUCCUCUGGCAGGUCGAUUGCGUUGGAUUGGCGGUGGCCGUCUCGAGCUCCAUUGCAAUGACAUGGGGGUUCCGUUCAUUGAGGCUGAGUCUGAUUCGAAACUCGAUGACUUUGGUGACUUCUCUCCUUCUCCAGAAUAUGACAAUCUUAUCCCCACUGUAGACUACACCCUCCCAAUUCAUGAACUUCCUAUAUUGCUUGUACAAUUGACUAGGUUCAAGUGUGGUGGUCUUAGUCUUAGCUUGACUAUUUCACAUGCUGUUGUUGAUGGGCAAAGUGCAUUGCAUUUCAUUUCUGAGUGGGCUAGGCUUGCAAAGGGUGAGCCAAUUGGAGUAAUGCCAUUUCUGGAUCGAAAAGCAUUUCAAGAUCGAACACUCCCAGCUGGAAAUACUCUAGGGCUUGACCACUCAGAGUUAGACCAUCCACCCCUUUUGCUCGGCCAAUCGGAUAAUAUCGAGGAGAGGAUGAAGAGGACUACUGUGGCCAUGUUGAAGCUUACCAAGCAACAAGUUGAGAAACUUAAGCGAAUGGCAAACGAGGGGAAUGAUUACAAGAAUUCUGGCACUAAGCGGGCUUACACACGGUAUGAGACCGUGGCAGGGCACAUAUGGAGAUGUGCGUCUAAGGCUAGAGUUCACAGAAAUGAACAACCUACUGCGAUGGGGGUUUGCGUCGAUUCGAGGAGUCGUAUGCAACCCCCAUUGCCCCAAGGAUACUUUGGAAAUGCAACAUUUGAUGUGAUUGCUACAAGUCUUGCUGGCGACUUAGGGUCCAAGCCAUUAGGGUAUGCGUCGAGCAGAAUAAAGGAGGCAAUCGAGAAAGUGACGAAUGAUUAUGUGCUGUCUGCCAUUGAUCACUUCCGAAACCAGCCGGACUUGACUAGGUUUCAAGACCUUCAUGCUCUAGGGAGUGAUCAAGGGCCUUUCUAUGGAAACCCUAAUCUUGGGGUUGUGAGCUGGUUGACACUGCCUAUAUAUGGGCUUGACUUUGGAUGGGGAAAGGAAAUUUAUAUGGGUCCUGGACCGCAUGAUUUUGAUGGGGAUUCCUUACUACUUCCAAGUCCUAAUGGAGAUGGUUCUAUAGUUCUGGCUUUGUGUCUACAAGUGGCGCAUAUGGAUGCUUUCAAGAAGCAUUUCUACGAAGAUAUUAUAUAAAUAACUUGUGCC